AUGGAAAAAUGCUGGUUCCCCCUCCGAGACACUCACUUCCCACCUCCUUCUCUCGAAAGCAUGCGCUCCGGCAGUCCUUCCUCCCCCGCCCCUUCCCUAGGCCAUCUCAUCCCCUCCCUCAACCGCCUCGACCAGAUCAUCAACGCCGAUGGCUUCGAGCCCUUCCCACCGGCCACCAUGGAAAUCUGGGGCCCGACACUGAUAGAAGACUUUUCCUGGGACCAAUCCCUCACGCAAAAAUCCACAGUAAAACUCAAAGCCAGCGCUCCCCUCGCCGGGGCCGUCAUCCCCGGCGCUGAAUUGGGCGUUGGCGUGGGAGCGGCGUUUAGCAAGAGCGUGGGCAAUUACUGGGAAUUUGAUCGGUUGGAGAGAUACAUAGUGCAGCCGACGAGGAGUUAUGUGCAGAGGUGCAUUGAGAGGGAUGAUGUGAAGCGGUGGAUUGCGAAGAAUAAGAAACUGGGUGGGAGGUGGGAGGUGUACAUGGUUACGGGCAUUAUGGUGGCGAGGGGGGGGAGGGAGGAAGAGGAAACGGGAGACGAGCGAGAAGGGGGUGUUUGCGGAGGUUACGGUGACUGCGCCUGGAUGCGCUGCACUUGGAGGGAAAUGCCGCUUACCGUUGGGGGUGGUCCGGAGGUCAAGAGGGAAAGAACGAGGCAGAUGACGUGGGGUGGCAGCCAGACACAUGACUUUGUUUGGGCCGUGAGGCUGGCCAAGAUUACCAAGAACGGGUUACAGUCGGAUUGGAAAAUGGAGACGGUGGUGAAGAAGACUUCGUUUCGUGGGCAAAAGGCGAUAUUUUGA